UUGGCAGCAGUCAUUCUACUGUACCGGAAAUAAUGCUCUUUUACGGUUCCCGUGUAAACUGUGCUGGAACGGAAAGAUUGUAGUUAUUACAAUUUGCAGAAAUGCCGCCGAAAAGAGGAAAAGUACAGAAGGAAGAAGUUCAAGUUUCUCUUGGACCACAACUUCGCGAAGGAGAAGUGGUUUUCGGAGUGGCUCAUAUUUUCGCCAGUUUUAAUGACACAUUCGUACAUGUAACCGAUUUGUCGGGCAGGGAAACGAUUGCCAGAGUUACUGGUGGUAUGAAGGUAAAGGCUGAUCGUGAUGAAGCAUCGCCGUACGCAGCUAUGCUUGCUGCUCAGGAUGUCGCAGAAAAGUGUAAAUCACUAGGCAUUACAGCACUGCACAUCAAACUGAGAGCUACGGGAGGUAAUAAAACAAAGACCCCUGGUCCUGGCGCACAAUCUGCACUGCGUGCUUUAGCCCGUUCAGGCAUGAAAAUUGGUCGUAUUGAGGAUGUCACCCCUAUUCCAUCAGAUUCUACUCGCAGGAAGGGAGGUCGCCGUGGACGCAGGCUGUAGAUCGCUAUGGCCAUUUA